UUAAUGUCAGACGAGCCAACAACAACAAAGCGAUCAGACGUAAUCGGAGUAAUAAUUUAAUUUUUUGUUUUUGUCGAUUUUCUCUAGUCUGCAGUCCGUUAUGUGAACAAUACUAAGUUAAGGAAAAUCGAUUAAAUUAUUUUAAAUAUUAACAACUUGUGCGCGCCCAGGUAUAUCCGACGCCUCAUUAAACUUUUGAGAGCUGAAUAAUUGUCUGGGGAGCCGUUCGCAAAAUGUCGAAUGUCGCCAAUACGUUCAAACAUGAUUACAUAGGUGGUGGAAAAUACCGUGUUGUACGAAGGCUCGGCAGUGGUUCGUUUGGCGAGAUAUUUCUCGGCCUUAAUGUUAUCAAUGGGGAGGAAGUGGCAAUAAAAUUUGAAAGUGCUAAAGCUCGUCAUCCUCAACUUCAAUAUGAAAGCAGGUUGUAUAAAGUAUUACAAGGAGGAGUUGGAAUACCUCAUAUGAGGUGGUUUGGAUUAGAAAGGAAUUACAACAUCUUAGUUAUGGACUUGUUAGGGCCAUCAUUAGAAGAUCUAUUCAAUUUCUGUUCUCGACGGUUUACCUUAAAAACUGUGCUUAUGCUUGCUGAUCAAAUGAUAAGCCGCAUUGAAUAUGUACACUGUAAAAGCUUUAUACAUCGUGAUAUAAAACCAGACAAUUUUCUUAUGGGAAUAGGUCGUCAUUGCAAUAAAUUAUUUUUGAUUGAUUUUGGUUUGGCAAAAAAAUAUCGAGACAUGCGUACAAGAACACAUAUUUCAUAUCGUGAGGACAAAAAUUUAACUGGAACAGCCCGAUAUGCUUCAAUCAAUGCUCAUUUAGGAAUUGAACAAAGCCGUCGGGAUGAUAUAGAAUCUUUGGGAUAUGUACUUAUGUAUUUUAAUAAGGGAUGUUUGCCAUGGCAAGGAUUAAAGGCAGCAACAAAAAGGCAGAAGUAUGAAAAAAUUAGUGAGAAGAAAAUGUCUACACCUGUAGAAUUCCUUUGCAAGGGACUGCCAGCAGAAUUUGCCAUGUUCCUAAAUUAUAGUCGAGGGUUAAGGUUUGAAGAGUCACCGGAUUACAUGUAUUUGAGACAGCUGUUUCGUAUUUUAUUUAGAACAUUGAAUCAUCAAUAUGAUUACAUAUUUGACUGGACUAUGCUUAAACAAAAAGAAUAUAAUAAUGAUGGCCAAAGUGCUGCUGUACCUCAAGGAGGCUCACCUGUAUCUGGUGCUGCUGCAGCUGGUGGACCACAACCAUUUCCCCCUCAAACUCCAGCCACUCUAGGUAAUCGCUAAAAUAAUAAAAAAAAUUAUUGGCGGAUCCUUUUACCUAUCCUCUUUCCUUAAUUUGAUACAUGGUUUACUAUUAUUUUAUUCUGUUGUUAUCAUUUUCAAUAUGAAAAAUAAUGUGAAUCGCUAUCCUUUUAAUUAGCUACUAAGUGGCCAAAGCUGGUAUAAUCCCUUUUUUUUAAUUCCUCUUAUUGACUUUUAUUAUGGAACCAACUAUUUUGAAAAAUACACUCUCUUGUAUGUAUUAUUAAUUCAAAAAAGCUGUACCUUCAUCAUAAUAAUAACUAUAUAUUAUCUUUUUUUUUUUUUUAUUGCAAAGUUAAAUAUUAGGUAAUAUAAAAAAACUUACUCUUAAAUUUAAAUAAUUAUAUAUAGAUAAAUGUCAUUUAUGUAUUAAAGAAAAAAGAAUAAACCAUAACUCUUUUUAUUAUUA